GUGAUUUGACAGCCUUUGUGCCGUAUCUGAGACUGAACAAUAGGCUAGAAGAAGCCUAUAUGCUUGUAAAUUUAGUGGAUGUACACCUAAACGGUUGCAGAAGGAUGGGAGCUCGAUUUUGACAGAAUGAAUUGAUAGCAGUAGCGGUCGGCUUAACCCUAUCGCAAGAGAUCUAAUUAUGAAUGUCUGAUGACUAUUUGAACAGCAAUUGUCUGCCGAAAAUAUCGAGAAACUGGGGAAUGAAAGACAAUGGGAAAAGAGCAAGAGCUAGUUCAGUCUAUAAGGACAAACGACGUGGAAUCGUUCAGGAAAAUAAUAGCGAAAUUCAAGCCGAAAACGAGUAAGUUUAUUUUGUAUCAAUGACUGUAUAUCUUUUGACACUCGCGACAUUUGAAACAUGGCAAUACAGUAAAUGCUUUAAAUAAAAUGCAAACAAAUCACUUGUAUUUGGUGUCGGAAAAUAUUCAGAAAUUAACAAAUAAUCGAGGUACGUUUAGAGUUUGACCAUUUUGAAACCACAAGGGGUAAAAUUUUACAUGUGUGCUUUUCAAAUGUUAUUAAACAAUUGUGCAUAUUUUCAACUCGUAAUAUUUUCAACGCGAUUUUGUAAACAAAUCAGCGAUGUUUACCCCUCGUAUUUGCUUUGUUUAUUAAGCCGAUACAUUUCUCUUUUGGCAUUAUUUGCCAGAUAUAAUGCUGUUUCCUUCGCCCUUUAAAAAUUGAUUUUGGACAAAUGCCAUACUAUUUGUAUUUUGUAAUGAUUUGCAAACUGGCGUUGAAUAGUAACGCAAUUAAAUUUCAUAUGCUAUUCAUGAAUGCUGUUGAUAUAUUUUCUAUUAGUUCAAAUGUCAAAAAGGUGUGAUAUUUUGCCUCCCAUCAAGGCAGAUAUUGCAUUUGGCGGACAUUUAAAUAUUUAUUCUAGAACCUAGACAGAAGCCCUUUAUAACGGAUACGUCUAAUUUAAGAAUGUUAAUCCUUAUUAAUUGUUAAUUUGUUACAAAAUUUAGAUAAGGCGCCUUGCCUAUACUUAAUCUCUGCAUGCUUUUGUGCUGAGCAUGAACAUAUAUUAAACCUAGCAUUAGAGUUGAGGAGAGUUGACGAAGUUCCAACUCGUGGUACGUUUGAUUGCCAACUUUUAUCGACUCUUAGUAUAGUCGUGCACUCCUAUGAGAGUUUGUGCUUGUGUUACUUGUAAUGCAAGUCCUGAUGAGAGUUUGUGUGACUGGUAAUGCUAGUCUUGUUCUUGUUUGACUUGUUCAUUAAACUAUCUCCUCACAACUCUCUUCCCCAUCAGACAAUACGUUCGAUAGAAUUCUCUCCAGGCAUGUGACUCUUUGUUUCGCUCUAAUUGAAAUACAAUAUAAGCAAUAUAGGAACCCAUUAUUUCACGCAGUGUGCUUUUUAUGUGCCCGGAUUCAGUUCAAAUUUAAUUUAGUAUUGUGAGCAAAUUAAUAUCACUACUAUACAAUACUACUAUAUUAGUGGCGCUGAUUCGGACAGCGUAUGUUACAUGUGCUGAACUAUUGAAUUUUGAGCUUUUCAAAUUGACUAGACUUUGUAUUUUGUAUUUGUAUUUAAUUAGAUACUUAGUUAGCUAAUGCUAGUUUACACAAGGUCUAUACUAUAAAAUUAAUUAGUAGUUGGUUUGUUCAAAGUCUUAUACUAUUUACAAUAUAUAAAAGUUAGGAAUACUGUAUUUUACUAUAUGAGCCACUUGAGGCAUCAUACUUAAUGCAUUAAGCUACAAUUAAUGAACCCUUAUACACCCUACCUUGUUAUUUCACAUUGUCUUUUCAUUUCAAUUGUCUUUCAUUGGACAAUUUUAAUCGUCAUUGAAACACAGGACUCUCCUGUUGAAAGUAAAAUUGUCUGCCAUCAAGACUGAGUAAAAUAAUAGAGUAGGGGGCACAUUUGGAUGCAUUGUAGCUUAAUGGGUUAAACUGUGUUAGGGAUUAAUAUCUUCUUGGAACUCUUGUUAACCAAUAAGGUGUUAUUAUAUGUCAUUUAUAAAGUAAUAAUAUGUAAUUAUUUGUCUGGACAAAACAAUUAGCAGUCUGUUUUCAUCGAAGACAGAUGUGAACAAAUAUGUGCAUACAUAUUCUCAAAGAAUGUGAGAUUACGGUGUAGCAAUACAGAAAAUUUCAUUUUUGUGUCUGACCAAAUUUGAAAAUUUCUGAUCAAAUUUAAUUUUAGUCAGAAGUUUGUCUGGCUGUUUUUUGACCAUUAUUUCUGGCUCUUUGUACAUCAGUAUAGUGAAAUAUUUGGUAUUUAGUUUAAUCCAGCUUACUGUUUAAAGUGGCACUGUCAUUAAAAUUUUUAUAGUCUCAAACGAAAGAACUCCUAAAACUGUAAAGUACAGUUUUCUUUUGAAACAAAUUGGUUCCCAUGGUUUGUUCUUGAGAUAUUUCAUUUUGUUUGAAAGUAUGUGAUGUCAUUUACUCAAUUACAUAUAUAAUAUAUAGAUAAUGUGAUAUCAGUAAAUGUUGUGUAUCUUUGGUAUUUUUGAUGGAUUUGUUUAAAAAAACCCAGUAUGCUUAAUGAUGUUUAAAUAAUGGUUAAAUUAACAAACGUGCCACAUCUUUGGAAAGAUUUUGCUAAAAAUAGCAAAGAUACACAACAAUUACUGAUAUCUAAAAAAUAUAUGUAAUUGAGUAAAUGACGUCACAUGGUUACAAACUAAAUGAAAUACCUCAAGAACUAAGCAUGGGAACAAAAAUCUUCAAAACAAGUUACUAUACAGUUUUAAGAGCAUUUUCAUUUAAUUAUUAAUAAGAAAAUAAAAAUUUUAAUAUCACUUUAAAUAUUAGAUUUCAAAUGAACUGAAUGUUGAAUUUAUAUUUCUAGAAAAAGGACACAAGAAAAGUUCUCUUCACAUUGUGGAUCAUGAUGGGUUAGUUCCAAGAACAUUCCUUUAUGUUCUUAGUUUAGAUCACUUGAAUGCAUUCACAUGAUAUUGAAUGAAUUCUCUGCAUGCUUUAGUGUUGAGUCUGAACUUAUAUUAAGUCUCUGAGGUCAAAUGAGGAUUACAGUGUAACAAGAGCCUUCUUCCUCAGAGAUUGUAGGUUCAAUUCUUGCCAGACUUGUGGCACUUAUGUGAAAAGAGUCUGUCAAUGUUCCAACAGGGAAUGUAGACAGUCUGGUAUGGGAUAAGCCACAAACAUAAACUUCUCAUCCACAGUUUUCUAUGAUCAGACAUUGUUGUCCUACAAUGACAGCCAGAGGCACUCUUAGUUAUCCUUCAAAUUGAUCAUGUUGAGCUGUGUAAUGACCUUUGAAGCUUACGUCACAUAAUUUUUAAACAACAAAUUGACCCAAAAGCACCCACAUUCACAAUGCACUGUGCAUUCCAGAAGUUCUCUGUAUUAAAACUUGUUUUUUAUGUAAGUAUUUCUGAGUUUCAUUCAGCAUCAUUGCUGGAUCCUGAGAGGAGGUGUGAGAUCGUUUUGCACCUUCGCUGAGAAUUUUUGCACCUCACCUUGGGAAAGUUUCAAUGAUAGAUCAAAGUGAAAAUUUGACAUUUUUUGGUUACUUAAUUAGGGUCUACACUUCGUAAGAAAGUUUUUCUGUAAAAUUGAAAUAGUGAUAGUCAUUUGUCUCAGUAGUUUUCUGGUAUUCAGCAUAUAGGUCACAGCUGCACAUAAAGAUAACCCUUUAAGUGGCAAUGCACCCUGAUGCGCCUUACUUUUUUAUUUUACCCUGUUUAACGCCAGACGAUUUUACUUGUCAAGGGGAGAGUGCUGCCACUCAAUGGGUUAAUCAGACUAUCUGCCCACAAGUCUAGUUAACCCAUUUUGUAAUUAUUUAUUUCACUUUGUUGAUCACCAGACGAUUUCACUUGUCAAGGGGAGAUUGCUGGCACUUGAUGGGUUAAUCAGACUGUCUGCCUACAAGUCUAGUUAACCCAUUCUGUUGCAUAUGGCACCCCAAUGUGCUCUACUUUAUUAUACAUUUCAAUCUGUCUAUUGCCAGACAAUUUUACUGGUUAAGAAGAUAGCACUGGCGCUCAACUGGUUAACACACCCCAUCUCUCACAUUUAUUCUGUACAAUUUCAUCAGAUUCAUUCCUCUGCAUCAUGCUGCCCUCAGCGGAAAUGGUGAGAUUGUCAUGGGACUGUUGGAGUUUACAACUGAUGUUAAUUCCAAGGAUAAGAAAGGUAUCAGUUCUUGAAUUUUUUUGCAAACAACAAAAGUGCAUUUGUAACCAGACUACCUGACAAUGGAUUAAACCAAGCUGCAAUACACCUCGAUGUGCCUUCAAUUAAAAAUCCUGAUUUCUUCCAUUUCUGUAAUGUUAAUCUUAGCUACAAUCUGUCCUUAUUAUUACCUCAUUAUUGUACUCUGUCUAAGACCAGGGCUAAUGUUUUUUUUUUACUUUCUAGGAAUGACUCCACUGCAUCUAGCAGCCUGGGCUGGUAAAGUGGAGCCAGCAUUACUACUCCUUGAUGCUGGUGCUGAGACCAAUCUCUGUUCCAGAAGUGGUGCAACUCCUUUACAUCUUGCUUCAGAACAUGGAAAUUAUGGAGUGGUUAGUUUCACACUUUGGAAAUAAACUGCUGUAACUUUGUUUAUACUGGAUAAUUCUUAAGCUGUUCUCCCUAGAAGUCCAGUAAGAGUCAUCCUUACUGGACCUCUAGGAAGAUCAGUUUAGAACUGAUAGAGCUAUCCAGUAUCAAUAAAGUUAGUUUUAUUAAUAGUUUAGGUUUUCUCCUGUAGUAACAUUGGAUCAAUAAGAGACAGGGUUCGUAGCGGUCUUUGAAAUCCUUGAAAGUCUUUAAAUUUGAAUGCAGGUCUUUAAGGUCUUUGAAAAGUCUUUGAAUUGUGUGAAAAAGCAAAGAAAGUCUUUAAAAGUUUUUAAAUUCUUUAGUGAGGAAUUGAUUAUAUGAUUUAUAAUGGUAAUAAAAUAUCGAUUGAUUGAAGCAAAGUUUUCGCAAAUAUCGACGAAAAGGUGCACGUGCAUUUUAGGAUGUGAUUUGACGGAACUAUAAUUACCGGGUAAAAAUGGUGCUUACACUCGCAAUUUUUCGACAGCUGAUUGCUCUCAAAGGUCUUUGAAAAGUGUUUGAAAAUAGGCAGAAAAAGUCUUUGAAAGUCUUUGAAUUUUUUUGGUCUUGGAGACUACGAACCCUGAGAGAUGAUCCUUACUGGACCUCUAGGGAUAACAGUUUAGAACUGAUAGAGCUAUGAUCCAAUAUAAAUAAAGUUAGAUUAGUUUAGGUUUUCUCCUGUAGUAACACUGGAUUAAUAAGAGAUGACCCUUACUGGACCUCUAGGGAGAACAGUUUAGAACUGAUAGAGUUAUCCAGUAUAAGUAAAGUUACUUUAGUUUAGGUUUCCUCCUGUAGUAACACAGGGUCCAUUUGAGUAAGGAUCAUCUCUUAUUGAUCCAGUGUAACCUAAACUAAGGAUACUAUAUUUAUACUGGAAAGCUCUUUCAGUUCCAAAUUGUUCUUCCUUUGAGGUCCAGUAAGGAUCAUCUCUGACUCUUAUUGUUCCAGGAGGAAACCUAAACUAAACUAACUUUAUUAAUACAAGUACAUAUUGGAUAGCUCUAUCAGACUCUGCAGUACGCUGUUCUCGAAACUUAGGGCUCGUUCAGACUGAGUGCCCAGCACUGGUGCCCAAUGUUCAAAAUGGUUCACAAAACAUGUUGAGCACAGUGCCGUUGUCGAGUACUACCUCUAGAGGUAGUGCCCUUUCUUGGGCACGGUGCCCAAUUUCAUUUGGAAGCGUCGUGUUCAAACUAGGCGUGACGGGCACCAGUGCCGUGUACCCAGUCUGGACGCAGCUUUAGAAGUCCAGUUAGCGUCAUCCCUUAUUGGUUCAGUGUUUAUAAAAAAGAGAGAGCCUAAACGUAUUACUAUAUUAAUUGUAUUUAGGUAGAACGUUUGGUCGACCACGACUGUGACCCUACCGUGGUUAACAAUCAUGGAGAAACUGCUUUGGAUUUGGCUUGUCGCUUUGGGCAUUUGGAGGUAAAUAAAGUUGUUUCAAAUAUACCUUUCCCCUUAUGAGUGAAAUUUUUAUCUAGAUAUGCCUGGACAAAAAUUUCAUCACAGCUUGAAAGAGCAUCACAAAAUUAGUAAUAUUCCGAAGUUUCGUUGCGAAAUGUUGUAAAAUGCGGAUAAUAUAGCCUUGCGAAGUUUGCCGUUCUUCAGUCAUUUUACUGUAGAUUACAAACGGGAAAUUGGUAAUCAGUUUGAUCAUCUGAUUAUCAAUUUCUCGUUUGUAAUGCAAAAUGACUGAAAAACGGCAAACUUAGCAAGGCUAUAUUAUCAACAUUUUACAACAUUUUGUGAUGCUCUUUCAAGCUGUGAUGAAUUUUUUGGCUAGACUUGUCUAGAUCAAAAUUUCACUCAAAAGGUCUAUUAUCCCAGAGAAAAUGAAGUGUACGUUGUGAAAUGGCAAAGUGACCCAAGGCACUAAAUGUAAAGUAUUAAUAUUAUGCAAAUUGUUUCAUCCAAGGUUGUCAGAAUCUUACUGAACAACAGUCGUGGGAAAUGUGAAAAGCUGUUGAAUCCGAAAGAAUUUCAAGAGAAAUCCUCGCCUUUGCAUAUGGCGGCCAAAACUGGACAUGUUGAUGUUGUCAAGUAAGUCAAUAUGAUUUUCAUAUUGGAACACAGAGAAUGCUGGCAAUACGAUGCUAGUGCUUAAAAAUAGUCUACAACAAUCAAAUUAGUAAAAACUACCAAACAUUGAUCUGGAUGAAUAUGUCGUUUUCUGUAGCAAAUGUAAAGCUGGAUUUCCACUUUGCUGUCGAAAUUUUAAGAAAAAUUUCGCUGUCGAAAGUUUUCGCUCAAUUUCGUUGAAUUGUGGGCGGUCAUGUAGAACUGAUUAAAAGUUCUUACUUCUUCUUAAUGAACAUUCAUUCCAUGGGCACAUGUUCUUGUUUUCACUUUCGAAUUCAACUUUGACAUUUUGAACGAUGGUCCUUCUUUUCGAAGUUAGAAGACGAAAACCUCAAGAGUCCACUCUAUGUGUAUUUUAAGGCUGUUGGUUGAAGCUGGUGCGGACAUCAAUCAGAAAGGACCUACAGGAACAUGUUUACACGAAGCUGCCUUGUAUGGAAAGACUGAUGUUGUCAAGUACUUAGUUGAGGUACCUACGUUUUACUGUACAUAGACUAGGCUCACUACCCAAUCAGAUGAAUUAGCAUUCCCUAGAGUGAAAUAUAUUUCUUAAUUAAAUUAAUGAUGAUGUUGAUGAUGAUGGUGGUGGUGAUGGUGGUAGUGGUGAUGGUGGUGGUGGUGAUGAUGGUGGUGAUGCUGGUGGUGGUGGUGGUGAUGAUGGUAGUGGUAGUGGUGGUGGUGGUGGUGGUGGUGGUGAUGAUGAUGGGUGAUGAUUAUUGUGGUGUUGAGGGUAAAGACCUACCUAAAAUGAUCAUGUUUUCUGAUUGGCUUUCAGAAACAAAUCUACCAAAAAUGAUCAUUGUCCGUGACUCGUUCUUUAGAAAGACGACUUCUAUAGUUUUAUUGUCUUUCAUUGUUAUAAUCAACCAACCACGAGCCUGGAUAGUAUAGGUAGAGUGAUGACCCAGUGGUGAUGGUGGUAUUGGUGUUGGUGGUGGGUGGUGGUGGUGAUGAUGAUAAUGGUGUUGUUGAUGGUAUUAGAUGGCGGUGGUAAUGAUGAUGAUAAUACUGAUGAUGAUUAUACUGAUGAUGAUUAUUAUUGUUUUCCAGUGAAGAAAAGCUUAUUGUUGUCUGUUAUUUCAGGCUGGUAUAGAUGUAAAUGUAAAGAACAGAGAAGGACAGACACCCUUAGACAUGGUCACGGAGUUUACAAAGACUGGAGCUUCAUCUGAAAUUAAACAUUUAUUACGAGGUAUUUCAGUUAAUCGCGAUUGAAAAUAACGCGGUGUAUGCAUACAUGUGAAUAAAAUUGACUAAAUUGCUGGCUUACUGACAGACAGCUGACCGACCACCAGACUACCUGUCUGACCAACCAACACACACUACAUGUCUGACCAAAUACUCGUAAGUUGCUCAUGACCAUGGUAAAUCAUGGAAAAUUAUACAGUAACGUUUAAUUUCUAGAAGCGUCAGUGGAAGUUGUGUACGCGAAAGCAAUCAAAGAUUACGCUAAUAUCACGGACGAUACAUUCUUGACGUUACGAAUGGGAGAUAUAGUAUUGGUGAGUAGCAAGCUUGAGCAUUUACACUUUAUAAACUGGAUAGUUCUCUCAGUUCUCAACAGUUUUUCCUAGAGCUCCAGUGCAAGAGCCACCCUAGCCUCCUAAUAUAACCACUCUCAGCACAGCAUUUUCACAUCGGUACUACCCACACUGGUACAGACAGUUUUAGUAUAUCCUCCGCAGGCAUCUCGUGGUUCAAGUACUUUACAAUUCAUUUUGCCUGCAGGCAAAUUUUGCCCGAUAAGAUAAAUGCGAUGCCUGCGGAGGAGGAUUGCGCCACCCCUUUACAGGCAGAAAAUGUUCCGAAAAUAUCAUUGUUAAAACUUUUUCGACGGAAAAUUUGUAUCUGCCACUCGCGUUUUACAAAAUUCUUCUUUCUGCGGAAAACUUUCCUGAGUGGAAAUGAGCCUUUAGGGAAGAAACUAGCUUGCCUGGAGAAAGUCUGUAGUGUUCGAUGAAUCAAAUUAGAAGUACCGUUCUCACCAACAUCUCAUAUGAUAUAACCCCCGGUGCAGGGCCGCCGAGAGGGGGCAGGGGGGGCAAAUUGCCCCGGGCCCCGAGGUGCUGGGGCCCCUCAAAAUUUUUUGUUGGGCCCCAGUCUUUUUUGUGUGUUAAAUAUUUCCGCGCAAAGGACAAGAUAUUUGUUUUCUUGGAGUAAGAACUGACAUUUGGCAUAAAAAAUGAGAUAAAGUCCCUGAAAAGCAAUAGGAACGUAUUCGUCCGGAAAAUUUUUUUACCCGCCUAAAAUGGUACAUUUUUUAGCGACGGGGGGGGAGGGGGAGGUUGUUCUCCGGAAAAAAAUUUUUGCGGAAAAAAAUUUUUUGAUAGGGGGCCCCCUAAAAAAAAUUUGCCCCGGGCCCCCUCCAACCUCUCGGCGGCCCUGCCCCGGUGUCAAGAAAGUCACAGAAUCGUAUUGAAUCCUAUUCAUAUUGGGUCAAUUGUGUCCUGUUUUUCAGGUUUUUGACAGAAAGAAAGAUGGAAUGUGGAAAGGAUGUGUAAGAGACGACCAAGUACGUGCAACAGUUCACCAAUGGAUUUACCAAUACUUUUUCCAACUUUUACCAGUUCUUAUUCUGUAGCCAAAGUUAUAUUCUACACAGCCAGAAACGCGCAAGUCGGAACAGAUCUGCAACAGAUCUGUUAAAUCCUGUUGUCAACAAGCCGAUAUCUGGAUGCGUUCGCUCGCCUUGUACCUGUCUGUUCUGACAGACCUGCAACGGCCUGUCAACAGGUCUGUUACAAGCUGUUGUGACAGAGCUGCUGCAAUGCUGUUUUCAACAGGUCUGUUACAAGCUGUUGUGACAGAGCUGCUGCAAUGCUGUUUUCAACAGGUCUGUUACAAGCUGUUGUAACAGAGCUGCUGCAAUGCUGUUUUCAACAGGUCUGUUAAAAGCUGUUGUGACAGAGCUGCAGCAAUGCUGUUUUCAACAGGCCUGUCGCAAGUUGUUGACACAGAGCUGCAGCAAUGCUGUUUUCAACAACUUGCGACAGACCUGUUGCAAACCGAGGAAAGCGCCUUAUGAAGCUUGUCUAUCCACUAUUUUGAACAAAAAAACGGCCAAACAGGUUGCCAUAUUUCGGUUGUAGUGUUUCGUAAAAUAGAAGUUUGAAAUAUAAAGUUUUAUAAACAAACUUGCGAGAUAAUUUUUAUAUAUGAAUAUAAAGUUUUAUAAACAAACUUGCGAGAUGAUUUUUAUAUAUGAAUAUAAAGUUUUAUAAACAAACUUGCGAGAUAAUUUUUGAGCAAAACAUCCGAAAAAAUACGACAAAUUCAAGAAAGGUUCUUAUCGUAAACAAUUUUCAAAAUUAUUUGUCUUGAAGUACGACCGAAAUAUGACAACCUACUUGCAUAUUUUUCUUCAAAACAGUACAUACCAUAAACACAAAGCUUCAAUAAGGCGUCUUCCUCGCUCGCAGAUUUCACUUGAAAUUGGAAAGAAAUUAUAUAACGAAUUUCAUGUUCAUAUCAGCAAUGACGAACGUUGCAGUGAACACUCGGUUGUUCAUGUAUUGUUCAUUUCUUAAGCUCUAGAUCUUGUAUUCUCAUUGCUACAGUUUCUUCAAAAAUCAAAACAGCUUUGAACUUGUUUGAUUUUGUUUGAGGCAGUUGUUGAAAUUUUGUUUGGCUCAAAAUUGAAAAACAACUAAACAUGAUUACGUAAUGAUGACGUGUGCACACGCGUUUAUCCAAUCAGAUUAAAGAAAUAUAGCACGUCAGCAAAUUGGAAUUUGGAUUUUGGAAAUCGGAACUUUUUUAAAAAAAAUAAAACAGCGGCUUUUGCAUUUUAUAAUAAUCAGAGAUUAGAUACUAUGGACUAUAAUCUCUCCUAUGUGAUUUAAUAUCGCCACCAAUGACAAUGAUUAAAUGAGAAAGUGAAGCCGGAAGUGUCCAUUUCAUGCGAUUUUAUAUCUCUUUACUCACAUUUUCGAUUUGUUUCCCUACAACAGGCUUGUUGAAACUUGUUGUGACAGGACAAAAAUUGUUUGUUGUGGACAGGUUUGUCGCAGGUUGAUAACAAGCUUGCUGCAGACUUGACAAAAACAACUCGCGACAGGUCUGUUGGAACAGGUUGUAACAGACCUGUUGAUUUCAACAGACUUGCUGCAAAUUGUUUUAUCAGACCUGUUAUCUCUUGUUAGUAACAGGUUUGUAGCGGGUUGUUUCAACAAGUCGCUACGGCUCUGUCACAGAAUAGGAAGUUAUACCAGAAGCGUAACUCUAGUCGUUUCCCUUAUUGUUUGACGUCCACGAAAAUUUUAACUCGCUCACGUCAGGCCACGUCAUCCUGGCUAGUACAGCCGGAAGUUUUUAUUAGAAUUUGGUAGGUACAAAGUGCCGGUUGUACUAGCCAGGAUGGCGUGAUUCAUGACGAAUCGCUUGUAAAAACGUGGACAAAUAUUUGCUCGAGUUACGCUUCUGGUAUAACUUCCUAUUCUGUGGCUCUGUUGUCAACAGCUUGCGACAGACCUGUUACCGCAAGCCUGUUACCGCCUGACGAAACCAACAGACCUGUCGCGACUUGUUGACAACUUGCCGCAAGCCGGUAAAAUCAACAGCUUGUGACAGGCCUGUGAGAUUUCUGGCUGUGUAAUCUACAUCGUCUUUAAUUUCCAUAUUUUAGAAAGAAAGAAUUGGUUUCUUUCCUUCAUCCGUCGUGAAAGUACUACGAUCACCGUCUCGGCAUUCAGGUACGAUCUAUGGCUAGAUUUUGACGGAGAUGGGGGGAGGUGCGCACCUCCCCCUGAGAUCGUUUUGCACGGUUGCACCUCCCUUGAGAAUUUUUGCACCUCCCCUGAAAAGUCAUGCACCUCCUCUUGGGAAAGUUUCAAUAAUAGAUCAAAGUGAAAAUUUGACAUUUUUUGGUUGCUUAGCGUCUACACUUCGUAAGAAAGUUGUUCUGUAAUAUUGAAACAGUGAUAGCCAUUCAUCUAAUUAAUUUAAUUUAAUAUUUCUAUUGCGCAAUUUUACAUAUGUAUAUGAUCAAGUGCGCAUUACAAUUACAGCCUGAACUGGCGUGAAGCAGACCGAGAUAGACUGUGAGCUUACAAAUGGCGCGAAAAACCCUUUUGGGAGUGUUUAACAUUAAUAAUAAUAAUAAUUACAAUUAGUAUAAUUACAUAGGUGAUUAUUGAAAAUUCUCCACGCUGAUUGGUUGCCGUUGAGGUGAUUAUUACGCGAUAAUCACCUAAGCGAUUUUCAAAAUGGCGGUCGAAGCCGUUUUGUCAAUUAAAUGACGAAGAAAUGUGCAUUUUAAAAUUUGUUUGCAAAUAAUCACCUAUGAAAUUAUACUAAAACAAUUAUUCACCUCAGGCUCGGUGAUUAUCGUGAAUAAAAACCUCGACUUCGUCUCGGUUUUUAUUCACCGAUAAUCACCUCGCCUUCGGCGAAUAAUUGUUAAAUAAUAAUACUGUACUCUUCCUUCUUUAUACUGCCUUAUAUAUCUGCCUUAUAUAUCUUAUCAAUACUAGAUUCCCCUUAUUACGUUUUUAUAGUGGUAUCACUGAUAUUCAGGAUGGCUUAUUUUUUGUCCUGACCCGUGCAAGAACUUUAAAAAAAAAGCUAGGGUCAAUUGCGCGAUAGCCAACAGCAAAACAUUCAACAUUUUCAUUCGAGGCCGCUUCUUUAUCAGUGAUACCACUAUAACCACAAUGCAAAGGGGAAUCAUCAAUUGUUGGCCUCAGCUGUUGUGAUGUCGCUGCUGUAUUUCGUUUGACUAUUGCGUACGUACAUACGUUACUGACUUGAAAAAUUAUUAUGAUAUUUUUUCAGUGAAACGGUCAUCCAGCUCGUCAAGCGAAGCAUCAAAAGUUUCAACCGUGGGCACUGUUUCAAACACUUUUGAAAUCGUCACGGUUGCACCACGUGAGUGUUGUAGUUGCUGAAAUUACUAGUAAAGAAUACUUGGAGUUACGCUAAGAAGCGUUGUCUUUCAGAACGGUGCAAUAGUUAGUUCAGUUUGGGUUUCCUCCUGUAGUAACACUGGAUCAAUAAGAGAUUAUCCCUACUGGACCUCUAGGGAGAACAGUUUAAAACUGAUAGAGCUAUCCAAUAUAAAUAAAGUUAGUUUUAAUUAGUUUAGGUUUCCUCCUGUAGUAACAGUAGGUCAAUAAGAUAUGACUCUUACUGGACCUCUAGGAAGAACAGUUUAGAACUGAUAGAGCUAUCCAGUUUAAAUAAAGUUAGGGACCGGUCAUUAUUUAUGGCGGGGGGUGGCACCGAAGAGAAAUGUUUUUCGUAGCAAAAAUUUUGCUGACCCAACCAUUAAAAAGUAAAAAAAAUUGAUUACCCAACCUCAAAUAUCAAUUAAAAAAUAAAUACCCACCCCUGGCCAAAAAAUUUACAAAAGGUACCAUUCAGUUGUCACAUAUGUCCUUUACCACUUCUGUGACAUAAGUUUGAUAACGGAUUCCGAUUGUGAAAUUUUCUGCAGUCUGAAGUUUCAUGUUGUCUGCACAUGUAGCUACUUUCUUUGGAGAUCCUAUCGGAAAUUGAUCAAGAUAGUGACUCUGAUUGAUAUAUACUUUUCGUUGUUUCUUUACACAUUUAGUAAAUCUUAGUAUAACACCAAGUUCAUCAAUUGCUGCUAUUUUGCUAGCAAAUCUAUGUAUAAUAAACCCGGGUGUUUUGCAAUCAAAAGUGUUGCAACCUGGAUAGUGGAAUAAGUUGACUACUGUAGGCACAAUUUUUGGCCACUUAAUUGUCAAAGGUCAUGCAUAAAUAAGAACAGUCUUUAAUAUUACCGCCUUACGGAGACUUUAUAUUCAUUAUGCUACUCUAGGAUCUAGAAGACCCAUAGUCCCAUACUCGACUAGCAACAUAAUCAAGUUAGUUAUGUUAAUUCAUUAUAUAUAGGAUCAAUGUUAAAGGCAAGGUGGGCUAUAAGCUAUAAUCAUUUGUAUGGCUUAUAGAAGGCUAAUUGCUGCGAAUAAAUUGAAUAAUGAAUGUAGCACAAUAUUAAAUAGUUGCAUGAUGACGUCACAGAUGACGUCAAAGAAACUAGUCCGACUACAUUUGCAAGUUUUGCAACUCUCAUCGCUUAAAUUCCCCAUACCUGAAUACAAAAUAAACAGUAAACAGUAAAGAACGAUUACCUUUUACAUACCAUAUAUAAAACGGAGUUUUCAUCCUUUCUAGAAACUCACUUCCUGAACUUUUGAGUGCAAAUGUAAUGUAUUAAAAAUGUAUAUCAUAUUCACAGCAGUUAAUACCAUUAAUAUAUCGCGGGCGCAAUACAAAACAAAACACGAGAAUUUUAAAAUGUUUUGAUUUGCAAAUAAAUAAAUAAUAUUUGAUAUCACAUAAAAAAUUUUAAAUUUAACUCAACACAAACUGGUAAGUUCAUGACAUGUAUAAUUUACUUAUAUGUUGUUAUAUUGCAAUUAUGUACCCUACUCCUUUGAAAAUUGUUUGCAAUUGCAUACGAUGUGAACACGUGGUCAUGUAUUACAGUUGUGUCAUGAAUUUAAUAAUACCCCAAUGGCUUCGAAAUAGACAAUGGAUGAAAAAAGUCAUGAAUAUUGAGCUUAUUUACCCUUUAAACACUUGAUCGUCAUGCGCAUACAGUGUAUUGUUUGUUUCCAGAACCCCCCUCAAGCAGACUUCAACUUUUCUUGUCAAAUUGUAUAUUUUGCUUCAUACACUGCAUGUGUGUGUGUUUGUGGGAACACUCAUGUUUGGAUGCUUGGCAUAGGUUAAUGGUAAUUUCAUUGGAGUCAUCAGCGAUAUAGUUGUAUAUUCCUGAAAUUACCUCUGAACACCUAAAACAGCAUUCCCUAAAAUUUUAAUUGUUUUCUUACAUUGCCCUAUAUCGCUCAAACUCGCAUUGCUUAAAUUGCAGAUUUUGCUUAAAUCACCUAAAAUUGCUUAAACUCGCAUUAUCUCGUUAUCGCCCCAGAGUAGGGCCUACUGUUGCCAUUGCUUUUUAGUCCCCAAUACUUCAGUGAGUCAUGCUUUGGAAAUGACAAUAAUUUUUUAUUACCCAACCCUUGAGUUGUUUUGCUUUUCAUUUACCCAACCUUUUACUUACUCAAAAUUUAGUUUACCCAACCCUUUUCUCUUCGGUGCCACCCCCCACCAUAAAUAAUGACCGGUCCCUUAGCUUUAAUUAGUUUAGGUUUCCUCCUGUAGUAACAGUGGAUCAAUAAGAGAUGAUCCUCACAUGACCUCUAGGGAGAACAGGAUAGAGCUAUCCAGUAUAAAUAAAGUUAGUUUAGUUUAAGUUUCCUCCUGUAGUAAGACUAGAUCAAUAAGAGAUAACUCUUACUAGACCUCUAGGGAGAACAGUUUAGAACUAACAGAACUGUUCAAUAUAAAUAAAGUCAGUUUAGUGUAAUGGAUGCCCUUCCAUAUUUUUAGCCAAUCAACCUGUAGCAAGCAAGUCACAUGCUCCCAGGAUGAGUAGUUUCCGUAAAAAGGCGCCAAAUAAAUCCAUCUCUGUUCCCGAUGACCGUUCACAUCGAGCCGCGAAGAAUGGCGAAAGUCACCGAAACAAUAGCGACCGAUCACGAUCGGAAAGCGAUGCUCACGAGAAGAAAAAGAAAUUAAAUUAUUUGGAUAUUGUGGUAGUGGAAAAUCAUAACAAUAAAUCCGAGCAGCCUUCAGCUCCUCCGACCAAAACGGAGUACGUUGAUGUGUUUGUGCCAAGCUCCACUGACAACAAGGGCAGUGGGAAGACAGGUUUAGAUAGCACGGACAAUGGGAAGACAAGCACUAAUAACAAGGAUGUUGUGAGGGCAAAUGAGACACAGAAGUCUGUACGAGUGGGCGGUAGUUAUGCUAGGUUAGGACAGCAAAUGUUCGGGAAACAAGGAAGCGAGGAUAAUGAAAAGUUACGUCAGGAGUUGCAGAGACAACAAGAGGAAAGGUCGAAGAGACAGCAGAUGAGAAUUGAGCAAGAGAAUAGUGAAAAACAACAUGAAGCUGAGAAACAGCAACAGAUUGAGCGAACACUACGAGAACAACAACAUCAAAAGCAACAGCUACAACAGCAUGAAAAGGCACAACAACACCAAUUAAAACAGCAAUUACAGCAGCAGCAACAACAGCAGCAACAACAGCAGCAGCAGCAACAACGGCAACCUUGUGAUACCCAUACUCAAGAACCAAAUCGAUCAUCAUCAGAGACCCACCUCUCACUACAACAAUCCAAUCCUUCGCUUCCCAAGAAAUCUCGACAUUUCACAAUGUCAUCUCUAGUAGCAAACUCGCAAGACCUACCACCGUUGCCCUUGAAAAAACGGCACUCGCUGUCCGGGGGGAGACCUUCAGUUCCUGCAGUCUCUGAUCCAGUACUGCCUCCAAAACUUGAUAAAAAGAAUCGGUCCUCGUUCCGAGCUGAUAGGAGGGGCACAUCACCACCACCGCCCCCACCACCACCACCCUCCGGAUCAUCUACACCAUCACCAGGUUCAAGUGAUGUUUCACCCCAAAGCACACCUAGAUCGCCAUCACCUACUUUGCCACCACUCCCCAAAGCAAUGGAAGUGUCACCCCUUUCCCCAUCCUUGAUCAAAAGUAGUGAAUUACCAUCCCCUACUUUUUUCAAACAGCCUGUACCAGCACCUUCACAAACUUUACCCCCUCAUCCCCAAAUAGAAUUAUCAUCCCUUCCCCCAUCUUACCAACCAGUUCGGUCACCUUCACCUUCCUUCCCCCCACCUCCACCUUCUAUAUCAGACCCCACAGAUAAUACAACCCCACCUUCCACAGCUAUUGUCAGCAACCAACGUUCACCAUCACCCCCUCUUCCGCCUCCUCCAGAAAGUCUAGCCUCUCCUUCUUCAACCUCUCUUGGUGACUUCCCCCCGCCCCCACAUAUGUUAAUGGAAAACUCCCCUAAUGAAGAUCCACAAAUGGAGAACUCUCCUGACCAUAUUGAUAAUAACCCUCGCCCCAAAUCUAACACCCUAGAACUAAUUCCCGACCACCCACUUCCCCGACCUGACACCCUAGAAAGGACUGAAACUACGACCCACGCCACUCUUUAUCCACCUUCGAGCUCCCAAUCUCGAGAUGGCUACGAAGAUAUGACGAGACUAAAGCGAACAUGGACGAAACCGGAAGUGGCGGUUGACCAAAAGGGUUACGUCAUGAUCAACCCUGUAAAACGCCCCUCCUCUCCGGCAUCCUCCCCUGUAAAUCCACCCACACCAUCCAAACCCCUGGCCGUCUCCUCAAUGUUUUACGAGAACUUUAUACCGUUAAAAACACGAAAUUUCGAAGUGCGGAGAUUACCGCAAAGUAUGCCUGAGGAGGGAGCGAAAAAUGCAGGCGAGUCCAGCCCGCCGAAGUCGGGUGAAUCAAAACCAGAAAAGCCAGGUCGUCAUUCCUAUGAGAACUUUGAGGUCAGCGGACAACAGCCUGGAAAGAAGCAGCAAAGUAGUAAGUGGUCUGUGGUCAGUUCAAUCCUAGGUUAACGAAAAUUUCAAAGCAAAUUUCCCAACAGCUUGUUAAUAAACCUGAAAAUAGUUUUCCAGAAUUCUUGUCUGGUUCAAUAGAAGUUUUAUUUUCCAAAGUUUUGAAAUAAACACAAGUGCAGAUGUACCCUAACCAAAACAGCGGGUUAACUUUGUUCAGCACUUGUUUCCACCUACCAAACGGUCGUGACGUCAUUUUCGGAAGAUGGAAUUGGAAGAGGGGUUAAAACCCAAACCCUACCCCUAAUCUAACCCCUAACUGCAACCCAAAUUCUAACCCUAACCAAGUUAAUAAAAAAAUCCAAAAAGAAACAACUUUAGAAUUUGAUCAAAUGACGUGUUUGGUAGAUGGAAACAAGUGAAAACCGUUAACUUUUAACCCAGAGGGCUUUCACCCAGCUAUGAAUAACCGAAGUUGUUGAAAGGUGAAAUAUUACAUUUGUAUUUUCAGGCAAUGAAUCUAAAGAAAUACACCAAGAUACGAGGGACGAUUCAAGCGAGAGUAUGAUAUUUGUCUUUCUAUUAAACAUGGCGUUCUACCACCUUGUAUACAGGCUGCUCUUUCAACUCUCAUAUUUUUUUCGUUUCAGAAUCAACUUCUACCGCACUGCCAGUUCUUCGUGUCCCCCCAGUGCCUCAAGUUCUCCCGGAUCCCCCGUCUGGUGUAUCAAAUUUAAGGGUAAAGUGUCUGUUCGAUGCUAACACUGCUAUAUUUAAUAUUUUAUUAUAGCAGGACCGCGGGUUCGAUUCCUGUCAGAGGGCCUAUACUUGUAUUUUUCGCAACUGUUUCUGGUUAGAUGUAAUAAAUGUAUAAAAUUUACACUCGCAAUUUCCAUCCAUAAAACCGUUCAACAAAUAGAGAGUCGAUGCCGAAAAGCCUUAUUGGACUAGUAUCCCAAAGGUCGUGGGUUCAAUUUCCACCGUGGUCAGACUGCCCGGUGUGAAUGCACACUCAGAGUAACAUCACAAACAUCAUAUUCACCUAACACCAACACAUAACACCAACACAUAACACCAACACAUAACACCAACACAACACCAACACACACAAAGAGUAUCAUAGAAUACAUUGAGUUCCAAAAUAGAACCGACUUGACCUCGUAGUUCAGUUAGUAGAGCAUUGGAUUAGUAUCCCAAAGGUCGCGGGUUCAAUUCCCACCGUGGUCAGGCAAACCCUUCAGCUUGCCCGGUUUCGAUGCACACUCAGAGUAACAUCACAAACAUCAUAUUCACCUGAGUACAUAACACCAACAUACACAAAAAGUAUCAUAGAAUACAUUGAUAUCGAAGGAACUAGACUAAAUUCCGAAACAUCACCGACUCGAACCGACUUGACUUUGUAGCGCAGUUAGUAGAGCAUUGGACUAGUAUUCCAAAGGUCGCGGGUUUGAUUCCCACCGUGGCCAGGCAAACUUUUGAGCUUGCCCGCACACUCAGAGUAACAUCACAAACAUCAUAUUCACCUGAUUACAUGACACCAACACACACAAAAAAUGUAUCCUUAUAUUAACUGACUUGAUACAACAUGCUCUUUCUAGCUGUGGUAAUAGAUUUUGUUCUUCUUGCCUAGAUCAAAAUUUAGUCUGUAGCUGGAAAUCGUCCAUCUACAAAACCCAUCAACAAAUGUCGAGUGCCGAUGCCCAAAAUCCAUAAAAUCAUAUUAACUGACUUGAUAAUCUUCUGUUUAGCUGCGUGAGUAUGAUGAACUCUAUGAUUGGCUGGCCCAAUCCAAGCUGCUGGCUUACAUGGAUAACUUUGCAGCUGCUGGGUUUGAUCUCUCUGCAAUGGCCGACCUCACUGCGGAAGUAAGUUCAGAUUUGAUACAAACUCGUGAUUACGUAACGUGUGAACCUUGUCUGGUAUAAAAAUUGACACUGUGUUUCAUCUCCUAGGAUUUAUCAGAAAUUCUCAUAACAAAAACUGGUCAUCGCAAACGACUUUUAUCCGAGGCGUCCAAACUGUCAAAACCUGUAUUCACGUACGAGGUAUGGUUAUCUUCUAUCCACGAAAAUAUUCGUAACUCAACUACUUUAUUUAUACUCGGUAGCUCUAUCAUUUCUAAAUUGUUUUCCCUAGAGGUCCAGUGAGAGUCACCUCUUAUUGAUCCAGUGUUACUACAGGAGGGAACCUAAGGGACCGGUCAUAAAGUAACUGCUAGGGUGGGCUGGAGUGAUUUGGGAUGGGCCAUGGAAAAUCUUUGGGCAGUUUCGAUGGGCCGCCAAUUUUUUUUGUAUUUCCACGGUUGGGCCAUCAAACAAAAAAACAUGCAUGUCUACUUCAAAAAAUAAAGAUACUAAUAAUAAAAGUAAACAAAACUAUCCAAAUUAUCAAAUGCAAAUGAUGCUAUUGUCUACUGAAGGCAGUACUAUGUUUAUACAACAACAAAAAGUGGUCGAAUCACAGCAAAUACAACCAACUGGAGAGCAGCUCAGUACCAAUGUGUUUGUCAAGCUUGGUGGAAUUAUGUAUGUCAAUACAGUGCCGUGCAUGUAUAUUUACAAUGUUCAUACCUGCAAUUUUUUUUUAUUAUAAAAGUGUAUUUUCCCAAUUUAGAUUGGAUGGGUCAUGAAAAUUUUUUUGUAAUAUCAGAUGGGCUUUGAAAUUUUUAUCUACAUCCUAAGAUGGGUCACCGAACUUAUUGACAAAAUUUGUGAUAUACCUCCAGCCCACCCUAGCAGUUACUUUAUGACCAGUCCCUAAACUAAACUAACAUUAUUUAUACUGGAUAGCUCUAUCAGUUCUAAAACUGUUCUUCCUAGAGGUCCAGUAAGGAUCAUCUCUCAUUGAACCCAGUGUUACUACAGGAGGAAACCUAAACUAAACUAACUUUAUUUGUACUGGAUAGCUCUAUCAGUUCUAAACUGUUCUUCCUAGAGGUUCAGUAAGGAUAAUCUCUUAUUGACCCAGUGUUAUUACAGGAUGAAACCUAAACUAACUUUGUUUAUACUGGAUAACUCUAUCAGUUAUAAACUGUUGUUCCUAGAGGUUCUGUGUAAGGAUUCGUCUGAGGUACCGGUCAAGAUUGGUUUAAGAUUAGGAUUUUUUUUCUUGAAAAUACAUUGUGAAAUUCUCAUGGGUUUUUUUUAGAAUAACGUACCAUCUUGGCUGAAAUCCAUUGGUCUGUCGCGAUACGAGAAUCACUUUAUUGAAGGCGGCUUUGAUGAUCUGGAAUUUCUUUCGGAUCUAACGAAAGAAGACUUAGAGGCAAUUGGCAUCACAAAAAUUGGGCAUCAACGUAAAAUACUCAUGGCUACCGAGAAAUUACAACAAAGAGGUACUACUGCGUGGAAACCGGUUGUUUAAGGAGCGAUUCUUUCCUUAUUUACGAUUAUUCAUCAAAGUGAGUGUGAAAAUUUAAUGAAGAAUUAUUGGUCCAUAAAGCAUGGAAUCAAAUGAACUUUGAUGAAUAAUUGUUUUAGCAUGUACCUCGCAUAUUCUGACGGAUCAUCUAUCCACGUUGGUGGAAACAACACAGGCUGUCCCCAUGCCACAAAUCAUGCUUGGUAUUUCGUUUAACGUCGCAUUUAACAAAUGGACGGGGAAAUGGAAAUAUAAAUUUUUAUUUUCUCAUUUGAAAGAACUUUUGAAACUAUAUAUAUUAACUUUUUUUACCGAUUUUUCAUAUCUUGCUUAGUUCUUGAAAUCACUUGAAAGUAAUGAGAUGUCCGCCAUCUUGGAUACAUUUUUUAUCUCGUUAACGGUAGUUUUGGUGACGUCACAACAGGGAUUAACCAUAUAAAAGUAUUCGUUGCUGACCAAAUAUUGAUUGGUAGAUGUUUUAAAGGUUUUGAGUGAUCUUGAUAUCUCGAAGGGCAGACAGAGUAUAGGUUUGAGUGCAAAAUGAUUAGCUUUGUCCAGAUAAAAAUAUUGUAUAUAACUUGUUGUGACGUGACAUGCAUAUCUACAAAAAUUAAAGAUGGCGGACAUUUCAUUCCUUUCAAUCAAAAUAUUUGUAGAAGUAAGCAAGAUAUGAAAAAACGGUAAAAGAGUAUUACAUAUAGUUCUAAAAAAUCUUUCGAAUGAGCUAGAAAAUAAAAAAAUAUAUUGCCAUUUCCGUUUAAGAAGUAUACUUAUACGCCGUCUUGCGAUGGUUUGAGCUACAUGCUGAACUGCAAAUUUAAAUCAAUGAAAAAAUGUCAGAUAGUUAUUUAUUAUGUAGUCCACCUUGUCGUCGGAUAAUUCUUUAUGACCGUUUGGUAUUGGGUUUUGAAAUAUGGGUGAGCUGGCUGGCUUGAAAAGUUGGUCAUUUGUCGAACCGAGGCCAUUGCAAGUACUGAUUAAAGUGAGAAUCAUUUCAAAUGAUAAACAUGUACAAAGAAUUAAAUAAUAAUAAAAGUAAAGAAUUAUAAUAAAAUAAGGAUUGUAAUGAUAACGAUAGUAAUGACGAUGAUGAUAUAAUAAAAUUAGAAAGUAUAUUAAAAAACUAAAACACUUAAAUAUUAUCAUUAACAUACUGAGUUCAAACUUCAGGCAUUGUACAGCGUCUCAGUAUCAAAUAUUCCAGAUUCUCUUAUACCCCAACUAUUCUAAACCAAUAUCUUAUUGCAUAUGAGUCUAAAAUUGAUUACAAGGUGGACUACAUUUACUGCAAGCCACUGUUGAAAAUUUUAAAGAAUUUUAGCAAUAAAAUGGUUAUAGAAUUUGGAGAUUGCAUUUGUCUCAUUGCGUCUCACUUUGUCAAUUAACUAUAAAACAUGCAGUGUUUCCACAUUUUGGAAAUGCUGGAAAGAAAUCGCCCCUUGAACAACCGGUUUGCGGCGAUGUUAUUGUACAGUCUUGCGAUGUUGAGUGUAGUAUUGAUAUAUGCUGUUGUUUGUGGAAACUGUGAUUUCUGAAGGAGCGGUGAGACAGCGCGGAUUCUGAAGAGGGUGUUUGUAUAAGGCGGGCCGUGUUGGGUGUGCGGGUUGGCCAGCCUUAUAUAAUACCUCCUUAAAGCCCGUUUACAUGCACUUGCAAUUUUUGCUGCGAUUUCUAGUGCGAUUUUCGUCUUCUGAUGGAUGUGAACGAGUAGACGAGUAAUGAAUAUUCUGAGUACACGUUCCCUCAUCUGAACAUUCAUAACCCAUCCACUCGUUCACAUCCAUCAGAAGACGAAAAUUGCACUAGAAAUCGCAGCCGAAAAUUGCAAGUGUAAACGGGUCUUAAGCCUGACCAUAACCUAUCGAAGGGGAGAUGGCUGUGAAACUCGUUAGAAUAACAAUAUAACUCAUUAUCUAUGUUAGUCAACGUUUAUUCAUAAAUCUGGUCGUUUCACUGCCAUGUGUAUAUUGUAUUUUUGCCAAAUCCACCAAUAGCAAUUUCCAGUUUCCCUAUUCGAGUCACGGAUAGGUGACUUUCCUAAAACAUUGCUAUUGGUUAGUUGGGUAAGAAUACAAUACACACGUGGCGGUGAAGGACCAGAUUUAUGAGUAAACGUUGACCAACAUAGAUAAUGAGUUAUAAUGUUAUUCUAAUGAGUUUCUCAGCCAUCUUCCCUUCGAUAGGCUAUGACCUGGUUCACUAGCAAUAUACCUCAUGCAUAAUGACGUCACAAGGCUUGAUGCCCGCGAGGAAUGCUGAUCUUAGUAGUCCUCACCCGGGAAAAUUUUGAUAGUGGCCAUUUUGAAUUGUUCAAAUUUCCCGAGCAGUGACUAUUAAUCAUUCCUCGCGGGCAUCAAGCCUUGUGACGUCAUUAUGAAGGUCUAUUCUGUUGGCGAUUUUUCUCCUCCUCGAAUGAAUGACAUGCAAAAGACUUAGAAUUGUUUACUUCUGAAAAGCGACUCUAUACUUUUGUGUACGAGUUCACUCAUUUGCAUCCGUCACAAACACAAAAUCGCCGAUCAAAUUGCCAGUGUGAACCAGGCUUCAAGAAUCUGCGCGCAAUCUCGACUAUACCCUCGCAUAAUCAACCCCUAAGUGCCUUGGUUGCCCGUAGCAAUUAAAAGCUUCCUGUACUGGGAGGCGUGAUAGCCACCUGAAGUGAAGGAGUGCCCACUUAACAUGUUAAUGGUGUGGUCAAUCGACUAGCAUUUUUUUUUUCCUUUUUUGGAAAAACUAAACAAUUUUAGUCUUGCGGCCUUGAAUUAAGUGAAGUGUAAUUAGUGCCCUUAUUACUGUAUGGGCAUGGCUGAAGAUCGAGCUUAUGACUGACACGGCUACCCACAAACGUGCAAUUUUUCCUUGAUAAGUUAUAUUUGCUCGUGUGUACGCGGUAAAAGACGGACAAUUUUUCCUUGCCAAAGAACACUUGUUUCAAAGCUACUCAUACCAGCUUUUGGACAAAACUUCGUGCUUACGACCACCAAGGAAACGACACAUACAAUGUACAAAGAAAUAUUUUUCAAGCUUGCCCGGGCCCCGGUGUACACUCAGAGUAACAUCACAAAAUACACUCAGAGUAACAUCACAAACAUCAUAUUCACCUGAGUAGAUUACACCACCAACACAGAAAAAAUCAGGAUUACUAUGGAUUGCAUUGAUAUCGUAGGAACUAGACACAGUUCCGAAAUAUCACAUACUUGAACCGACCUGACCGCGUAGCUCAGUUGGCAAAGCAUUGGGCUAGUAUUCCAAACUGGUUGUAGGUUCGAUUCCCACCGUGGCCAGGCAUAUUUUUCAAGCCUGCCCGGUGUGGACAUACACUCAGAGUAACAUCACAAGCAUCAUAUUCACCUGAGUACAUAACACCACCAACACAGAAAAAAUACAAAGAAAUACUUCUGCGGUUUUGGCAAACAAAAGGCGGCUUUGACGUGAGACAAACGUUUAACAACAUUCCGUGCAUACGAACAAAACGUGUUCGCCUGUAGGUGCUUUAUAAAUGGCAAACAGUUCGAAAAUGAAACUCUUUGUACAGUAAUCAGUUAAGAGUGGCUUUCUUUGCAUCACUUUCGUAAUAUCCGAAAGAUAAAGACAGUAAAAUAUACUGCUUCCUGUAAUCCCAUUAUUUUGCACUUAGAAUGUUUCAGAGUCGUUCCAGAAUGAAUCUUGAUAGUUUUAGGAAGCUAUAAAAUCACCAGAGAUCGUGAGAAAGCACAUCUAUUGAAACACACCUAAGUUUAAUUUAUAUAUAGAUCAAGCUUUUGUAUAUAGAAACGUGCGCACUAGUUUUCCCAUAAAUUUAUUUUUGUUACAUUUUAUAAGUAUGACAACCCCCCCACCUGUUCAAUAGCGAGCUUAAGCAUGCAGGACGCAACACGACGACGACGGCCAAAUUCCUUCAAAUAAAUUAUAGUAAAGAAGACUUGUCGUAUAUUAUAAUUCGUAUGAAUUUCAUACAGACACAGUAUAAGAAGUUGAAAACAUUGGCUUUAUGUUUGGGAAGAGUUCUACUGAACCGAAUUUUAAGUUGCACUUGUUACGGCUUGAAAUGCAGGCGUUGUAUAAAAGACGUGAAAAUCUGUGAUUUGCCGUUGUAAACAGAGCGAAGACUACGUCUGAAACUCGCCCUGGGAUUUUAAUGAUUUAUUUCUUUUCAUUGACUCAUUUUAUUGGUUGUCGUCGUGUUGUCGUCCUACAUGCUUAAGCUCCCUAAUGUUCUGUCGGUAACAGUAAUGUUCUGUCAGAUUUUCAUCUAUGAAAGUUACAUAAAACAACAUUAAAUGAGGGAAGGGGGGAAGGAAGUGGUAUAUAAGGAGAAAGUCGUCUGCCGUUCACUGGCUUUUGGCCAAGAAUGUGGGAUUUGUAUAGGUUAUUAGUUCAUUUUCAUCUGUGAAGCUAAAGAGAUUAAUUAUCCUAUAAAUGGUCUUUUAGUCACUUCACAGCUUUUCCUAGUGGUGCUAAAUCGUUUUAAUAUACCGCCUAGAAUAUUAAUACGAGGCUGGUGUCCAUGUUAAAAAAAAACAGAACACAAAAGAAACUUCUUUCUCACAGUCUUUGAAGUAAAGUCUUUUGCCUCUUUUCAAAUUGUGUCGGUCGUUCUAUGAAAAUCUUUGUUCCCUCUCAAUGUGAGCUUUUCAUUGUCCCGAAGUUGAAAGGUGCACAUUUGUCUCACCGUCUGCUUUAGCUUUAUUUUAUAGUUUGGCGAUUGAGAAACGCAAAAUAAUAGUUAAAUAUUGUCAAUUUAAAUACAGUUACAUCAACACGAGUGGGCGGAGCGUUUUCACACAAUUUCGAGUUUUCCCAAUUUCCACGAGUGUUGAUAUAACUGUAUAUUAACACGGGAAAAUGUUUUAUUUUUUAUAAUAUAGCACAAAGAAAUAUAAAUUUUCCGUGUUGAUAUUGAGUUCUAUCAACACGGCUCUUAGCCAAUCAGCGUUCGGAAUUUACAAAUGCUAUAUAAAAAUAUUACAAUGUUAGGGUUUGUAAUCCAAGUGAGAAUAUAUACAUUUUAAGACCUAACCAGGAACGACUGCGAAAAAUGCAGCACAAAGUCGUUUUUCGCAGUCGCCCCUGGUUAGGUCUUAAAAUGUAUAUAUUCUCACUUGGAUUACAAACCCUAACAUUCUAAUAUUAAUUCCACCAAGUGAAGUGCAAGAAUCCAAAUAUAUAAAAAUAGUUUUUUAAAUCAAGUGAAAAAGUAUAUUCAUUAGAUUUGAGUGCGUGUUACGUAACGUACAAAAGUUUAUCCUUUUAAAAUUAGUAACAUGUGUAUCUGAACUUGUUUUUUUUUAUUCCUUGUAGAAAUCGAGAACCAGGCAACGAUCUCAAACAUCCUUCCAGAAUCCUGCACGUCAGAAACGAAGGACGUCGAGUUUCCUUGUGAUGAUGACGUCACGUCCGUGGGCGUCACGCGAGUUCAUGCUGACGAGCGCGUGGGCGAAUAUGCAGUUCCAAGAGUGUCGUAUUUCGUUGCGAGAAAAACUAACGUUGACGAAACAGACGUGGAAUUCGGUCGCUCGGAGGAGCAAAUAUCAGAGAGACAAGAGCUUGAAGAGAGCGGUGAGCAUUUAACCUCAGAAGCUGAAGUAUUUGACUCAAAAAACGAAUUUAUUGAAGAGGAUUUGGAUAAUACAGAUUUCACAAUCGAAAUGAAUGAGAACACACAAGUCGAAGAUACCACAGACGGAGUGAAAGAGCUUGCAGCGACUUUCCAACACGCCAUACACGAAGAAACGGCGAAAGCGAAGCCAAAGGGCAGACCGCCUCCAGUUAAACCGAAAUCUUACAAAAAAGCCCCACCGCCCCUUGUUGCUCCAAAACCCAAAGCAAAUGGAGUAAAAAUUAACAAACCUCACCAAAGUCCGACAGGUAUGUUCAGCUAAAUUAUAUUCUAUUUUAAUGCGUAGUAAAUACUAAUAUUGGUUGUGGUGGAGAGCAAAGGCAAAGGAUUGAGUAAUAAUGCUAUUACGAUCUACAUCUCAUCCACAAAAGUAUAUAUCUGUGUAAGAAAUACUGUUGGUAUGUUUGGAUUUUGAAGUUAUCUUUGAAUAUAUGAGAGUAUUUGGUCUUUUAGAUUUUAUCCCCUCGUUGAUCAAACAUUUCGCGGGUAAGGUAAAUAAACAUAGUCACACGAUCAUUCGCGCAUUUGGAAUUCCAAACGGUAAUUCCUCUUAAGGAGUAUUUGUUGCAAAUUUACGAUGUUUGAUGUUCGCCUUAAAGAUUACUUAAAAGUUUAUUUAUAUCUAAGACGGCUUUGUGGUUUAAUUUACAUGUAGAUGUGGUUCACUUAUAUUACACUGUAAAUAAAUAGCGAAAUCCUAGUCUUAAAACAUUGUUAGACAGUUGGAAUUAGGUGUGAAGUGUUACAAAAUGUCACAGGAUGUAUUUCUAACUAGCAACAGUUUGGGAACGGUUUGUGCUUAACGAAAUAUCACGUAUAUUUAUGUUGCCAUGACCCUUAUUCAAAACAUCGCCUUCGCUUAAAUUUCAAACAUUAAUAUUUAUAUAUGCAUAUUUAUUGCAUAUGAAGUAUAUAAAAUCGCGCCAGUGAAACUAUUUUGCGGUAAUAUUAAUUUACCUACGGACUUCAAAAGUUUCCCAAAUGUGGCUUUUAUUAUUAAUGGGCGAUUGUGCAACAUUUUCUAUUCCUGUAGUUAGCAGUCGCUUCAGGCAUAUUGUAUGGUCUACAAAUAUCGUAUUGUGGCCUUGCUUACAAAAAUGCUCGCUUAUCGAAAGGCUUGUAUGACGACCUGCUUUUGAACAAAAGGGACAUGUCAAAAAAGUACCUUUUGAUGUUUGUUGUGUACAGUCGAGCAUGAAAGUCCUGUAACAUUAAACAGAUCAUUUGUAGUUAUUAAUACUAUGAUAAAUACUACGAUAUCAAUACCAUGGGCACUGUGUUUCCGAAUCAAGCAGAUUAGGGUCGAUUGAUGGGCUACGCUUAUUACUACUAGAUUGCUUUGCCCUUGGGAUAUUUACAGUACAAGCAUUUGUCGCUUUGUUAGCUUGGAAACCGCCGUGACACUCGACUAAUUUAGCAUUUUAGGUAUGGAAAUCCAUACUUACGCUAUUAGACUCAGCCUCGGUCAAUUGAGGAUAAGAGUUUAUAGCAGUCACGUAUUGUUACGGGGCAUUUCAAGCUCUAGAUUAGCAAAAUAAAAGUUCGAUAAGUGUUUCAACCUUGUUUUAACUUAAAUAGAAUACAUGAUAGUGUUGGGAAAGCAUUAAGAACAGCUAAGGUCGCGUGACUGCUUCCUUGAUCCCAUGCACUGUUCAUCCGGGUUUUACACACACGAAGUCGAACUUUAAUAUCAACAUAAACAUUGGUGUGAUCUACCAAUUGAACUCUCGAGUCAACUGGAAAGACACGAGUUCAUUGCAUGCAUUCACCAGCAUUGGACCAGCUCAAAAUAUCUAUGUUAGGGCAUGAGAGUUGAUGAGAAAAUUUUGGCGGCCAAACGCGAGGGAAAGCUUGAACUCUCGUUCUCGUUUGACCUCUAUUUUCUAAAGCCAAGGCAGCUUACACAACUUUUGUAUAAAACUGUCGCAUGCAACCUGCUUACAACUUGAGUUGUACUGUGUAAAUCAAACACACAACUCGCUUACAUUAUCGUAGGCAUCACUAGGCAACUCAAGUUCCAAGCAAGUUGCAGGCGACAGUUUUAGCCGAGAGUUGUGUGGUUUGUUCGUCUCCCAAAUUAAGGUCACUACAUCGUAAGCAAAUUUUUGGUUCCGUUAUCACCGCACGUAGCGAAAAUGUCUCAAAUAUUUCGCACUCAUACACGCUAAAUAUGUUCCCAUGAUUUGAGUUUCCAAGUAAAAUCAACAGGAUGUUAGCAAUCGGAAGAAUUUUGGGCAAAAUGCCUCUUAAUGGCAAUAUCACACAUCCGUGUGACUUUGGACAUAGUCAUAGGAUGAAACGUGGACUUUUAUAAGUGUUGAAACCAGCCUCGUGUCAUGAUCAUCGUAUUCGUGAAAACACCGCAUCUGGUUUUGCUGAAACGGAUCACAAUCAAAUGUUGUUCUUGGAAUUUGACACUAAAUACAAUCACAUGCAAGGCGCCCGCACAUAAGCUAUUAAUUGUAAACUAAACUAUAUGUCCACUCGAAAACGAAACGAAACUCAGAUUCGCCUAACUUCGUGAAUACUGGAUAGCUCUUUCAGUUCUGAGCUGUUAUCCCUAGAGAUCCAGUCAGACCAUUCCGUAUUCGUCCAGUGUUGCUACAGGAAGAAACCCAUAAUUAACACUGGAUAGCUCUAUCAUUUUAAAGCGAGUCCAUCCUUUAUGGGUUUAGCGUUACCGCAGGAAAAAACAGGUACUCUGAGAAAACCUUCGAUGUUUGGAAAUGUCAAAGUCGAAACUGAAUCUUCUCUCAUGCGUUGGAGUCCGUCACUCCACGAGUCCAGGAUCCGUACGUAAAUGACUCCAGUGUCCAUGAGUCCAGUGUAUAUUACUCCAGUUUAUACUCUAGCAUUCCGUACUUCUCAUAGCUCAAGAGUACUGUAUUUUAAUAGCCUAGACAAAUAAGGAAUAAAUGAGUUAUAGGUAUGUUUAUUAACUAUGUAUUGGCUUAGCAAUUUCCUCGUGUGCGCUAUUCAUACAACUUGACCACACGCUGUUUCAAUAUUUGGACGCGCAACUGUGGACAUGAAUCACACGAAUGCCGGCUAUAGAAAUAUCUUAAUUAUUUCUCACAAUAAUAGCACAGUAUCAAUAGGCGUUAAUGAAAUAUGGUUUUGUUUAUUGAGUUAUUGAAACACUGUCUGGCUUUGGAAUAAGAAGCUUAAUUUAGUAUUGUAAAUAAGAAGUUUAAUUUAGUAUUGAGUCCAGGGAAGGUAGUAUAUUCGUGCCUUAUUUCGUGGUUUUUGUCUGAACUACCUGAAAAAGAUAUCUCAAACGUAGUGGUCCAGUGUAGGUAGUAUUCUACAAUAAGCUGCCAUGAUUUGUGUCUGAACUACAUGAAAAAGAUCAUUAUCUCAAACGUAGUGGUCCAGUGUAGGUAGUAUUCUACAAUAGGCUGUCGUGGUUUGUGUCUGAACUACAUGAAAAAGAUAAUUAUCUCAAACGUAGUGGUCCAGUGUAGGUAGUAUUCUAUAAUAAGCUGUCGUGGUUUGUGUCUGAACUACCUGAAAAAGAUAUCUCAAACGUAGUGUAGGUAGUAUUCUAUAAUAAGCUGCCGUGGUUUGUGUCUGAACUACAUGAAAAAGAUAUCUCAAACGUAGUGGUCCAGUGUAGGUAGUAUUCUAUAAUAAGCUGUCGUGGUUUGUGUCUGAACUACCUGAAAAGAUAUCUCAAACGUGGUGAUCUAGUGUAGGUAGUAUUCUUCAAUAAGCUGCCCGUGGUUUGUGUCUGAACUGUAUCUGAGAUAGCCCCAGCUGGCCUUACUGGACCUUUGUGGAGAACAGUUUAGAAUUGGGCUAUCCAGUAUAAAUACAGUUAACUUAUUCCUUGUAUUUUAUUUCCAGAUGCCCACUCAGGAAUCGACUUUACCAACGUAAUCAAGGAGGCAGAAGCUCUGUCAGAAAGUGGCUCGGAACAGUCCCCUCCAUCAACACUCGGCCGUGACCGCAAAUCUGAAAGUGGCGUCUCAGUCGACAGCUCAUUGGCUGGCAGCCAGGGAUCAUUGAAUAGCGAAUCAGACGGUAGGCAGAUACAUGCUUGUGUGGAAAUAUCUUUAUUGCAAUAAUAGGGGGGGGAUUUCCAGAACUUUUGAAAAAAAAUUUCCAAAAUUCUCGGACAUUUUGAAAAAGUUCUCGGAAUUUUUUUUAAAAUUUUCCAGAAUUAAGUUAAUGUAGAAUAAAGUUAAAGUUAUUUCAGAAUUUAAAAGAUAAAGUUAAUGUUGUUCAUGUUGUAAUAAAAAAGUAUUUUUACAUUCUAUAGAAUUACAACGAGAGAUUAAAGAAAGUUUGCAUCGAAAGCCAUCAACUGGAAGUUCAGUUGAAGAUAUUACAAAACUCAGUAAGUUUAUCUUAGGGACCAGUCAUUAUUUAUGGCGCGAGUGGCAACGAAGAGAAAUGUGUUUCUUCGUAAAAAUUUUGUUGAUUCAACCAUUAAAAAGUGAAAACAAUUUUACCCAACCUCAAAUAUCAAUAAAAAAAUAAACACCCAUCUCUGACCAAAAACUUUAGUGAAACCCAGCUAGUAGCUAUACUCAACAUAUCUUCACAUAUCCGUCUUCUCUCUUUUUAUAGCUUAUCUCACAUUAUCUCAAGAAGAUUUACUUGAACAACAAAAGCGAGAAGAAGAGUUGCAAAAAUAUCAAAAAGAACAGAAGUAUGAUUCUGAAAAUUAAACUAACUUUAAUUAUACCGCAUAGCGCUGUCAGUCCUAAACUGUUUUCACUGCUGGUCCACUAAGAGUAAAGAUCAUCUCUUAUUGAUUCAGUGUUACUACAGGAGGAAACCUAAAUUUAUAAAUUUAUUUUUCUGGAUAGCUCUAUCAGAUCUAAACAGUUCUCACCAGCGAUCCAGUAAGGACCAUCUCUUAUUGAUCCAGUAUUACUGCAGGAGGAAACCUAUAAACUAAACUAACUUCAUUUAUACUGGAUAUAGCUCUAUCAGCUCUAAACAGUUCUCCGUAGAGGUCCAGUAAUUAAAGGCCAUUUCUUUAUCGAUCCAUGCAGUGUCACUACAGGAGGAAACCUAAACGAAACUAACUUUAUUUAUACUGGAUAACUGUGUCAGUUCUAAACUGUUCUCCCUAGAGGUCCAGUAAGAAUCAUCUCUUAUUGAUCCAGUGUUACUGCAAGAGGAAACCUAAACUAAACUAACUUUAUUUAUACUUUAUACUGGAUAGCUGUAUCAGUUCUAAACUGUUCUCCCUAGAGGUCCAGUAAGGAUCAUCUCUUAUUGAUCCAGUGUUACUACAGGAGGAAACCUAUUAACUAAACUAACUGUAUUUAUACUGGAUAGCUCUAUCAGUUCUAAACUGUUCUCUCUAGAGGUCCAGUAAGGAUCAUCUCUUAUUGAUCCAGUGUUACUGCAGGAGGAAACCUAAACUAAACUAACUUUAUUUAUACUGGAUAGCUCUAUCAGUUCUAAACUGUUCUUCCUAGAGUCCAGUAAGGAUUAUCUCUUAUUGAUCCAGUGUUACUGCAGGAGGAAACCUAAACUAAACUAACUUUAUUUAUACUGGAUAGCUCUAUCAGUUCUAAACUGUUCUUCCUAGAGGUCCAGUAAGGAGCAUCUCUUAUUGAUCCAGUGUUACUGCAGGAGGAAACCUAAACUAAACUAACUUUAUUUAUACUGGAUAGCUCUAUCAGUUCUAAACUGUUCUUCCUAGAGGUCCAGUAAGGAGCAUCUCUUAUUGAUCCAGUGUUACUGCAGGAGGAAACCUAAACUAAACUAACUUUAUUUAUACUGGAUAGCUCUAUCAGUUCUAAACUGUUCUCCCUAGAGACCCAGUAAGGAUCAUCUCUUAUUGAUCCAGUGUUACUACAGGAGGAAACAUAAACUAAACUAACUUUAUUUAUACUGGAAAGCUCUAUCAGUUCUAAACUGCUCUCCCUAUAGAGGUCCACUAAGAGUCCUCUCUUAUUGACUCAGUGUUACUAUAGAAAUAAUGAGACCGGACUACCAGGAGAAAACCUAGCUAUGUGUUGUUGGGAUGGAACUUUUGUCACUGCAUGAGAUAGAAAGCACAUGCUGCCAACACUUUUUACAUGAAAAUUUUUUAAUAAUAUGCAUGGGUACAUCAGAUACAGUUUUUUUUUCACAGAAAGACACAUGACAUACAUAUAUUGACAACUCUACCAGCUACAUCUACUGCAGGGAAAGUUUAUUAACGUUGUAGUAUAUUUCUUUGCAGUAAAACAGACUCGCUCUUCAAUGACAUCCAAGGAAUGUUGGAUAACCUGAACUCGGAACUGGACGAUAUGUUCAAAUAAACGAUACGGAAUCGUUGAAAUAAUAUAUUAGCUGAAUCUAGUUGGCAAGCACUCGGUUGGUAGCUGACAUUUAGUUAGGGUUUCACUAAGAACUAUCGCGCAGGCGCGCAGCAGAUGGUGGUCAACCUGUAGUUAUCAGAAUGAAAAAAUGCAAAUCUUUUUUUUGGUACAUUAGAAAUGGGAAAUGUAGUAUAAUUUUCUUGUUCCAAUAUAGAUGUCAAUAUUUGUGAAGUUGACUUUCAUCCGAUUCAUCCGUCUCAUGAACUCCUGAAGCUUAUUGAAACCAUCAAUUCAUAAACUUUAAUGUUGCUACCAAUGUAGUGCUUGUCACUUGUUCUUCGAUAAUUCGAUUCCCAGGGAAACAAUUCUAAUAUGUCCACUAUUUAACAGUGGGUUAUAGCACAGUUAGUAUAGAAAUAUUAGUCAUUAUUUAUUGGGUUUUAAAUAUUAUGUGACCGAGUUUUACAAUUAGCGAUACAGUAUAUGUCUUAUCCCCAUUAUGGUCAAAUUCACUUUUUGGAUUCGAUUCAAAACGAAUGUUAGAUCAUUUCUAGAAGAUGAUAACAAUAAUUAGGUACUGUAAGUUUAUGAAACUUUUUAUUGGCAAUAUAAAUAUUUACGAUUUAGGAUUUAUUUAGUUGUUCGAGGUCGCCUAAGCCUCUAGGCAAACGUGGAGACUUCAUUUUCCAUCCCUCGAAACCUGUUACGGAAACAUGAUUUGUUUCCCAAGAACUUCAGAAACGUUUUGUUUCCCAAGCGCAAUCUUUUUUGUUGCGGUUUGUUGUUUCCUGGUUUGCCCAACUUUGGAAAAUAUGGUCAGAAAACAAUGUUUCCUGCAUGGUAAUGGUUUGCCCACCUUUGGAAAACAUGGCUAGAAAACAAUGUUUUCUGGUUUUUCUCUACCUUUGGGAGCCAUGGCUAGGAAACAAUGUCAAUGUUUCCUGGUUUGUGCGCUUUGAGCAAACGUUGCCAUACGGUUGAUACGCUUCCGCAAAGUAAGAUUCGACUUUUUGAGCAACUUAUCUUUUAAUCAAUGUGUUUUUAAUCACAAGUUGUAAUAAUGUAGAAAUUUAAUGUAUAAUCUAUGUAAUAAAUAAAAUAUGUAUUUUUCAAACUUAA